AUGAUAGCUUCUUUGAGGUCCAAUAAAAAACAACCCCAUCACACUGAUUCCGUUUCUGUGCAGGUUCCUUUGACUCCCUCAGACGUUAAGACGGUACUCGACGCUCUAGUCUAUGGUGGUGAGCUGGAGAUGAAGCAGUCGACGGAGGUGGACACGAGUAUAGAAGACGAGAAGAUUGAAGAUAAACCUAUCACCACUCAAUCCUUCCUGUACCGUCUAGCUCCUCGAACUCCCGGUUUCGCUUUCCUCGCUCACAUCCCUUGCACAAUCGCUCUUGCAAGUUUUUGUCUCCAUUAA